AUGUCGUCGGAAAUCACGCACCCGACCAUCGAGAAUGGCUGGUUCCGCGAGGUCAGCGACAUGUGGCCCGGGCAGGCCAUGACGCUCAAGGUGAACCAGGUGGUGCACCACGAGAAGUCGCAGUACCAGGACGUGCUGAUCUUCGAGUCGUCGGACUACGGCAUGGUGCUGGUGCUGGACAACGUGAUCCAGUGCACGGAGCGCGACGAGUUCGCGUACCAGGAGAUGAUCACGCACCUGGGCAUGUUCGCGCACCCGAACCCCAAGAAAGUGCUCGUCAUCGGGGGCGGCGACGGCGGCGUGCUGCGCGAGGUGGUCAAGCACGAGAGCGUGGAAGAGGCGAUCCUCUGCGACAUUGACGAGGCGGUCAUCCGGCUGAGCAAGAAGUACCUGCCCGGCAUGAGCGUGGGCUUCCAGCACCCCAACGUCAAGGUGCACGUCGGCGACGGCUUCAAGUUCCUGGCCGACUACAAGGAUACGUUUGACGUGAUCAUCACCGACUCUUCGGAUCCCGAGGGCCCGGCCGAGGCGCUGUUCCAGAAGCCAUACUUCCAGCUGCUCCACGACGCCCUGCGCGAGGGAGGCGUCAUCACCACGCAAGGUUGUAAGCCCCAACGGCGAGAAUGCGCACGUGUUGAGGAUUUGCUAACUGGUUUUGCUCCUAUCUAGCCGAGAACCCAUGGCUGCACCUGAGCAUGAUCGAGAAGCUCAAGAAGGACUGCAAGACCGUCUUCCCCGUGGCCGAGUACGGCUGGACCACCAUCCCGACCUACCCGAGCGGCCAGAUCGGUUUCAUGGUCUGCACCAAGGACGGCAGCCGUGACGUGACGAAGCCGGUGCGGACGCUGAGCGAUGCCGAGGAGGACAAGCUGUUCAAGUACUACAGCAAGAAGGUCCACGAGGCGGCCUUUGUCCUGCCCAAGUUCGCGGAGAAGGCAUUGCGGUAA